UAAAUACAUCACAUUCAAAACAUCAUAAUGUAAACCGGUGUGUAAACUAAACAACAUAACCUACAACCUAACACUGUUGCUUAUUGUUAAUUUAUGAAUUAUAAAUGUUUACUUUUCUAUUGGAGUAAAAAGUAAUUUUAAUUUAUAUUUUUGAAUUGAAUAAAGAAUAAAUAUAACAAUAAUGUCAGAAAAUAUCCAAGGAACUUUUACUUCUGAUAAAGUAUCUAAAAUUCGUUGGAAUCGUCAAGAUUUUACUGAAGCUAAUUCUUUUAUCACUGGUAGUUGGGACAAUAAUUCAUUUAAUCGAAUUACAUAUUGGGUAUUUCGAAAAAGUGAAGAUGCUGAAAUAUAUCCCGCUGCGGUUAAUUUUUAUCCAUUCAUUGGUGAUGUUACUGAAAUUCAGUUUAUUAGCAAACAUUGUUUUGUGGCGUCAUCGUCAAUUGGAUCAGCAAAAUUAUUGCAGAUUGAUGAAAAUUCAUGUAAUCUUUUUAAAGAGUUGACAUUUUGGGAUAAUAUUCAUUAUUUUAGCACCGGUGAAAAUGCAUCUUGUACAGCAUUAUCAACUUUUAAUCAAGAUAUAGCUACUGUUGGAGAAGAUGGAAGAAUAAAUUUACUAACAGCUCAACUUAAAAAUCCUGUAAGAACAAUUGAAAAUGCCGAUAGCUGUUCAUUACUUUGCAUUGAUUUUUUAAGACACAAUGAAAUAUUAACUAGUAAUACCAGAGGUCAUAUGAAACUUUGGGAUCUUAGAAACGAUCAAGAUAAACCAGCAACAACUUUUAUGCUUCCUGAUCAACUUAAAACAGAAGCUACGGAUAUAGCCCAUCAUCCUACUCAACGACACAUUGUUGCUGCCGGUGGAGGUGAUGGUAGUCUUUCAGUUUGGGAUUUACGUCAAAGUACACAUCCUAUAUCUCAACUUUUAGCUCAUUCCCAAGCAGUUAGUGAAGUUAUGUUUCAUCCGGAUAGACCAAAUAAUUUAUUCACUUGUUCUAUUAAUGGUGAAUUAUGGCAUUGGAAUAAUGUUCAUGGCUCUAAAUUGAAUCUUGAUAAUGAUAGCCAUUGGUUAGCAACACGUGGAAUUGAUGCUAAAGUAAAUAUUACUGAACUAUGUGCACCUUUACAUAAACCAAUAAAUAGUUUUGAUAUUGAUAGAUCCACUUUACUUUUCGGUUGUGACAAUGAAGCCAUGUAUUCUGUUAAAAAUAUUAUUAUUUAAACAUUAUUUUGUCUUAAUUAUUAAA